AUGUCGAUCCGGACAGUUUCUUCAAAAGGGACUCACAGGAGUCAACAGGUGGAGCUAGACUACGCCGUGACACAAGACUGUCAACAGGUGGAGCUGGACUACGCCGUCACACAAGACUGUCAACAGGUGGAGCUAGACUACGCCGUCACACAAGACUGUCAACAGGUGGCGCUAGACUACGCCGUCACACAAGACUGUCAACAGGUGGAGCUAGACUACGCCGUCACACAAGACUGUCAACAGGUGGAGCUGGACUACGCCGUCACACAAGACUGUCAACAGGUGGAGCUGGACUACGCCGUCACACAAGACUGUCAACAGGUGGAGCUGGACUACGCCGUCACACAAGACUGUCAACAGGUGGAGCUGGACUACGCCGUCACACAAGACUGUCAACAGGUGGAGCUGGACUACGCCGUCACACAAGACUGUCAACAGGUGGAGCUGGACUACGCCGUCACACAAGACUGUCAACAGGUGGAGCUAGACUACGCCGUCACACAAGACUGUCAACAGGUGGAGCUAGAUUACGUCGACCCAGAAAGCUCUCAACCCUUCCCACAAACGUUCCAACAGAAGCGCUUUGGCACUGAAGUGAACAAUGUGUCCUCGAAUCGAACAAAACUCGCCAUGACCAAGACCUGUGUCAAUUAUGCUGUGGUGGUGAGGAGCCAGGAAACCCGAGAGAAACCGGGGAGACCAAGAAGAGACCAAGAAAAGACCAAGAAAAGACCAAGAAGAGACCAAGAAGAGGCCAAGCAGAGACCAAGAAGAGGCCAAGAAGAGGCCAAGAAGAGGCCAAGCAGAGACCAAGAAGAGGCCAAGAAGAGGCCAAGAAGAGGCCAAGCAGAGACCAAGAAGAGGCCAAGAAGAGGCCAAGAAGAGGCCAAGCAGAGACCAAGAAGAGGCCAAGAAGAGGCCAAGAAGAGGCCAAGCAGAGACCAAGAAGAGGCCAAGAAGAGACCAAGAAGAGGCCAAGCAGAGACCAAGAAGAGGCCAAGAAGAGGCCAAGAAGAGGCCAAGAAGAGACCAAGAAGAGGCCAAGAAGAGACCAAGAAGAAAGCCUCUCUACAAUCAUGCUUCAAAAAAAUAAAUAUAUUUGUGUUCUGA